AUGAUGCUCUUUAAUACCAUCAGCUUAAUUAGAACAAAUGCUCUUCUGGCUAAAUCAGUACAAUUAGAAUCAUCUACUGUUACAUUUAAUGAUAAUACACUUACUGUUUCAGGAGAUGGAUCUGUUACAAGAGACCAAGUUGCUCAAUACGCAGAUAACACUUUCACUCUUGUUAUUGGUGGCACAGUCAACACCAUUGCUGCUAAUACAUUUGAAGGAUUUUCUGCUUUGACAAAUGUCACAAUUUCAUCAUCAUUGACCAUCUCAGAUAAUGCAUUCCACAAUUGUGCUGUUUUACGUGCAGUUGAUUUCCAAAAUUCUGCCAUUACAUUUGGAGUUAGUGCUUUUGAAGGAUGCAGACAACUCUUCAGCAUCACAGUAAAAGGCACAGUCAACGCAAUUCCAGCUAAUGCUUUCAAAGAUUGCACAUCUCUUGAUACCGUUAUCUUAGAAACAACACCAAGAGAUUUCAAGAUUGGAGAUAACGCAUUCUAUGGAUGCCAGAACCUCUACACAUUCCAUACACUCACAGAUACUGUUAGCGUUGGAAAGAAUUCAAGACAUUUUCAUCGGCGCAUUAGUUGCCUUUGA